AGCUGGUCUCAGCCACUGUUUCUUCUCUCUUGUAAUCACAAAGCCCAUUUUGGACUAGGAAUUCCAAUCAUGUCUGUGAUGGUGGUGAGAAAGAAGGUAACACGGAAAUGGGAGAAACUCCCAGGAAGGAACACUUUCUGCUGCGAUGGCCGUGUCAUGAUGGCCCGGCAAAAGGGCAUCUUCUACUUGACCCUCUUCCUCAUCCUGGGGACGUGUACACUCUUCUUUGCCUUUGAGUGUCGCUACCUGGCUGUUCAGCUGUCACCUGCUAUCCCUGUGUUUGCUGCUAUGCUUUUCCUUUUCUCCAUGGCCACGCUGUUGAGAACCAGUUUCAGUGACCCUGGAGUGAUUCCUCGGGCUCUACCAGAUGAAGCAGCUUUCAUAGAAAUGGAGAUAGAAGCUACCAAUGGUGCAGUGCCCCAGGGUCAGCGACCACCCCCUCGAAUCAAGAAUUUUCAGAUAAACAACCAGAUUGUGAAACUGAAAUACUGCUAUACAUGCAAGAUCUUCCGGCCUCCCCGGGCCUCCCAUUGCAGCAUCUGUGACAACUGUGUGGAGCGUUUCGACCAUCACUGUCCCUGGGUGGGGAACUGUGUUGGAAAGAGGAACUACCGAUACUUCUACCUCUUCAUCCUUUCUCUCUCCCUCCUCACAAUUUAUGUGUUUGCCUUCAACAUCGUCUAUGUGGCCCUCAAAUCCUUGAAAAUUGGCUUCCUGGAGACGUUGAAAGAAACUCCUGGAACUGUUCUAGAAGUCCUCAUUUGCUUUUUCACGCUCUGGUCCGUCGUGGGACUGACUGGAUUUCACACUUUCCUCGUGGCUCUCAACCAGACAACCAAUGAAGAUAUCAAAGGAUCAUGGACAGGGAAGAAUCGCAUUCAAAAUCCUUACAGCCAUGGCAACAUUGUGAAGAACUGCUGUGAAGUGCUAUGUGGCCCUCUGCCCCCCAGUGUGCUGGAUCGAAGGGGUAUUUUGCCACUGGAAGAAAGUGGAAGUCGACCUCCCAGUACUCAAGAGACCAGUAGUAGCCUCUUGCCACAUAGCCCGGUCCCAACAGAACAGCUGAACUCCAAUGAGAUGCCUGAGGACACCAGCACUCCGGAAGAGAUGCCACCUCCAGAGCCCCCAGAGCCACCACAGGAGGCAGCGGAAGCUGAGAAGUAGCUUAUCUAUGGAAGAGACUUUUGUGUUUAAUUAAGGCUAUGUGAGAUUCCAGGGGAGAAGAUAAAUUUGAGACAGAGAGCAAGUAAGCUGUCCCUUUUGCUGUUUUUCUUUCGUCUUAGUCACCCAAUUGCUCAUUGGCAUUUUCUUGCUGCAAUCUUUUUUAAAAUUUCUGGACUCAAGAAAGUAUCAGAAGACACCGGUCACCUCUGGCAACUGGAUAAAUGGGUCUCUUGGACUGUGGCACUGGUUUCCCAUGGCCUUAGCCACAGGGUCUCUGGAUUCUCCUCUUCUCUCUCCAGAUCCCAGCUCUUAAGCUUGGGGUCAUUGGUCUCAUUCUGGAGCUAAAUAUUCUUGAGGCUGGCUUAAGUCCUCUCAAGCUGCUCUAUAUCCUGAGUCCAGAGAUAGCCACAGACACCUCUGGCCAGGGGAUCCUUACUGGGUUCUUGCCUCCUUCAGAACUAAUGAGGAGGGGGAGUGAGGUGGAGGAGUCUCCUAGCUACCAAGUGCCAGCAUUGCCAGCCAGUCCUUUUAGGAAUAGGGCAGGUACCACUUGUAUUUAUUCGUGUAGCUUCUCCUUUGUUUCCUGCCUACUAUGUAAUACCCAAGUCCCACUCUUUCCUCACUAGAUAUAUGUAAGUAGUCAUAGUAGAAAUAACAAUUUACAUUUCUUGUAGAGUCUCCAGAAACUUUAAUACCUGUGCUAUUCUCAGUAAGAAUUGAUGAGAUGCCAACAGCAUAGCCCCAUACACUCUCUGCCUCAUCUAGCCUCCUUUCUCAUUAGCCCCUUUUACUUUUUUUUUUUUUUCUUUUCGCUUUUGCUCCCUUUAGGAGCACGAAUGGCAGUAAUAAAAGUUGGCACUUUGGUGGUUCCUUUUCCUCAGAGGAAGCCUGAGUGCUCACUUAAACACUAUCCCCUCAGACUCCCUGUGUGAGGCCUGCAAAGGCCCUGAAUGCACAAAUGGGGAAACCAAGGCACAGAGAGGCUGUCCUCUCCUCCUCUCUUCUCCUCUCCUCUCCUCUCCUCUCCUUUCCUUUUUUUCUCCUCUCCCCUCCUCUCCAUCUCCUAAAAAAAAACCAAAAAAAAUUAGAAAAAGAAAAAGAAAAGAAAACAAAAAAGGCUAACCAGUACUUCCAUUAAGCCUCGGCUGAGUGAGGGAAAGCCCAGCACUGCUGCCCUUUUGGGUAACCCACUCCAAGGCCUCGGCCCACCUUGGGCAUUGGUAACCACACUAGGGGUUUCCUCCAAGCCCCACUCUUCCAGCACUUCCACCGGCAGAGUCCCAGAGCCACUUUUCCUGGGAUUGGGCUGUAGCCCCCAGUCAGCUCUGCUCAGGACCUGCACUAUUUCAGGGAAGAAGAUUUAUGUAUUAUAUGUGGCUAUAUUUCCUAGAGCACCUGUGUUUUUCUCUUUCUAAGCCAGGGUCCUGUCUGGAUGACUUAUGGGGAUUGGGGGCAGGGGAGUGUAAACCGGAACUUUUAAUCUAUUUGAAGGUGAUUAAACUGUGUGUAAUGCAAA